AUGAACAUUCCCACAUCUUCCGGAUCACCCUCGGUUCCACGCACUCGAAAACGGGCCAAGCAGGCCUGCGAGACUUGUAAACAGCGCAAGCGAAAAUGCGAUGGCCAAAAUCCGUGUGGCUUCUGCGUACGCUACGAAUAUUACUGCGCGUUUGACUCUCAGCCGCGAAAAAGGACGGCUUCGGCCUCUACGCGACCGGCGUCCAGAACGGAGACACCGCGUUCUACAGAAGAGAGACCAAAGGAGACACUAGAUGACUAUGGGGAUGGUCAACAAGAGAUGGAAGCUACCUCAGGGACAGCGUUUCCCCAUGUUCUUGGGAUGAAGUUGAACCCUCGAGACGCGCCCGGUGUUUAUGGAGUCAGCUGGAAUCUUGGAUUGAGAGACAAACCAACGCGUUCAUUCACCAAUGUGACCACCUUGCUUACCAAGGAUGACAUGGAGUCUUAUGCGAGAGUCUAUCUAAAUCUGAUCCAUCCAAUUUACGCGAUCCUUAACGGAAAUGACCUGCUCGCAGCAAUCCCCUCGCGUUGGCAAAAUGCGGACCAGAUCGGCGGCUACGACGCAGUCUUGUGCAGUGUGGCUGCGCUGGGCUCGUUGUACUCCGGUUCUUCUUCAAUCCACUCACGAGAGGCUGAACUGGUGGAGUGCGCAAAGGAAAUUCUGGAGGCGACCAGCUCCGUGAACAGACCGUCAUUGCAUCAUCUCACGGCCUGGAUCCUUCGCACCCUAUAUUUAAGAACAACCAAUUCUCCCCACACAUCUUGGAUGGCAAGCUCUACAGCUAUGCACGUUGCCGAAGCCAUCGGGGCUCACCAAGAUCCGCAGUCGGGCACUCUACUCUAUUCCGACACGCGUGACACGAGCGGCGACGACGAGACUCGGAGGCGCCUGUUCUGGGUUGCCGUUACCCUGAAUUCGUGGAUUUCCAAUGAGUACGGUCGCUCUCGUGUAUUAACUCGUGGAGUGUCAUGUAAAGUGCCCGCAGACGGGGCUCGCGAUUUCACAGCGGAGUUGAUACAUCUGUACCAAAUUUCCGAGAAGCUGGAUCUAGAACAUGGCAAUGAUCUUGCGACUCUACUCGACUGUCUAAAUCAAGUUCAAAUCACCGACGUAGGCCCGGACGCCCUGCAGCUAUCUCGUGUCAACUUGACCCUUACCAUAUACCGUCGCCUCCGGGUUUCUUCACCUAGUAUUCCGCAUGAGGCACUGACUCGAAUUAUCCAUGCCGCAACCGUGGGCCUUGAAUCGGCAGUACGACUUGCGAACGAACACUGUCCAUGGUGGCACGUUGCCAACGUUCCAUUUCAAGUCGUUUGUACGCUCUUGGCUAUAGACUCACGGGAGUCCCUGUCGAUAGUAGGGCAGGCAAUGCGGUCACUUAGAAAGGUGUCUCAGCAGUUCCAGACGGCGAGUAUGCGCCACGCGGUCGAUGCUGCCGAGUCACUUGUCCGGUUAUCACGACGUAAUAAGCAGAGAGAUUUGGAUGAUUUGAAAGAUGGACUCGACGAUGGCGACCUGGAAGUUAGCGAAGCGAGUCAGUCGAUGCACGGAAUGACGGACAUUCCAGAGCUCGAUUGGGAUGCUUUUUUGAGCGCCGAUAUCCCGCUCCUCGACAGUACUUCUCUGACUGGCACAUGA